CCCUGCCCCUCAGGGGUCUGUCCCCAAUGGGCUGGGCUGCCUGGGUGCUGCUGGCGAAGGGCAGUGGGCAGAGGCAGAACUGGCAGCCAGCACAGCUCCCUGCAGUGCUGUGUCUGAGACUACCUGAGACAGAGCUCUAACCCCACGGAGCUGCCAUGGCCAUGUGGAAGACCAUCAUGUGCUCGUCCAGGACUGUGGAGCUGGUGCAGCUGACACUCCUGGAUGUGCUGGGGAGCUGGCCAGAGCACAGCACGUGCACCUCCGAUGGGGACGAUUCGGGUGUCUUUGCCCUGGCUGCAACCGUGGUGAUGUGGAAGAUCCUCCAGGUGCCCUGUAUCCCACGGAUAUUGAAGGUGUAUUUCCCCCGCCUCUUUGUGCAUCUGCUCUUCCAAGUGUUCUUCAGCACUCUGGAUAUGCCAGAGGAGGUCGAUACCUUCUGGAAGCAAUGCCAGGAAGAGCACGGCCUUGCCACCAGCCCAAACAGGUUUGCAGUGCAGACCCUGAAGUCCCUGCUCUGCCUUCUGCGGCGUGAGGAUGUGGUGGUGGCAAUGGAACGCAGGCGUGGCUGGGACAUGCUGCUCUCUGUUGAUGCCCACCACUUUGCCGUGGCUCUGCUGGGCAAGUGAGACCCCUUCUCCCCACUGCCUCUGACAUUUGUGCCGUGGCUCUGCUGGGCAAGUGAGACCCCUUCUCCCCACUGCCUCUGACAUUUGUGCCGUGGCUCUGCUGGGCAAGUGAGACCCCUUCUCCCCACUGCCUCUGACAUUUGUGCCCUGUGCCCCACACAGUCCCCGUGGUCGUGGGCUACAGGGCCCUGUCACUGAGGGACGGCCAAGCAGACUGGAAAAGGCUGGGAGAGGAGGGUGCUUAUGAGCAACCAACUCCCACAUGGCCCAGGUCCCCUUGCUGGAAGGCUGGUGGGGAAAGAUGAGAACUCUGUGAGUCACUCCUGGGAGAGGUUUGCCCACUGGCUCAGGGUCUUGUUUCCUUUUUCCUCUUGUCAGAGAAAUUUGCCAAUCAGACAUACACUUUUCUUCCGAGAUUGCAUUCUACCUGCUCAGCAUGCUCAGCAAAGAAAUGCCAUACUGGGAUUUCCCUGCCCUGGCAUUCCUUGUGGAGGUGAGCCUCAAGGCCAGCACUGCCUUGCUGAGCU